GCAAGUUUCGGAAUAUCUUUGCACUUUAUUUCAUGAAUGUUAGUCUGUGACGUCACGUGUGUAGUUCAGGCUCAGCUGUUCGUCUAAAUUUCCCCCGCCGUCACACUCUGUCUUUGCCUGCGAUUGAGAGACAGCAAGAGCAAGAGACGACGAAGUCCAGCAGCGGCAUGUCCUUGUGCGAGAUCACGCCCACCCUGUUCCUGGGCGGGGCGGACGCCGCCCUGAAUGGUGCCAUGGUGACACGAAAAGGCAUCACCCUGAUGGUCAACGCCACGCUAAACCACCCUUGCCCCGUCUACCCGGGCGUGCAAUUCCUGCGGGUGCCGGUCCGCGACCUGCCAGACGCUCGCCUGGGGGACCACUUUGAUCCGGUGGGCCGGCGUAUCCACAGCAACCGCACGGGAGGCACCCUGGUGUACUGUGCUGCGGGCAGGAGCCGCUCUCCCGCCCUGAUCAUGGCCUACCUCAUGAGGUACCGCGGGGUCACCCUGCGCCAGGCCCACCUGUGGGUGCGCAACAGCCGACCCUGCGUCAGCAUUAACAUCGGAUUCUGGGAGCAGCUGCUUAGCUAUGAGAGGCGACUGUACGGGGACAACACGGUCAGGAUAGAGCCCACGCUGCCCGUCGCUGAAACCCGUUUGCCUUCCGCCUUGUCGCGCUACAGGUGGUCGGACAAGUCGCACCAGCAGUCGCCUGUGGUGACGUCACAACACCGGUCACCCAGGUGGCCCGUCGGGACUUCGCGGCACAAAUUGACGAGCAAAUUGCUCGGGUUGCAGUUUGUGACGUCACUUGAGCGACUGAACAAGUCACCUGGCUAGACGUCACUUGCCCCGCCUCCUCCAUGACUUGGUGAAGGUGGCGAAGUUUUCUAAAAUCUUGUUCUUGCACACUUUUAGUCAUUUUAGUAAGAUAAUUUUGAUUUCUUUACUUUGCCUUUAAAUCUGCUU